AUGUUCUCGGCGAUUCGAAAAAAGCUAGGAGGCGACAAGGAUGAUCAGAAACCAACGGUUAUGCCAUCUGGAGUGCAGCGUGUUGAUGCUGAGCUGCAAAGAAAAUUCGCGAGAGGAGUGCAGUACAACUGUCCGUUUUUUCCCCCAUUAAAAUGUGAUUUGUGUCUUUUUCCAGUGAAAAUUGUGAUCCGCGGAGACCGAAAUGUCGGGAAAACAUGUUUGUGGAAACGUCUCCAAGGACUCUCGUUUCAAGAGGAGUACGUGGCAACUGAAGAGAUUCAAGUCGCCAACAUCAAUUGGAACUAUCGAGCCACAGAUGAUGUUGUCAAAGUUGACGUAUGGGAUAUCGUGGACCAAUCGACAAAGAAGCGAGUCCGGGAUGAUAAAUUGAAGUUGGCAAAUAACGGAGUAGAUAAAAGUGAUGGUGGUCUUGAUUACGAAGACACCGCUUGCGAUGCACGAUUUGUCGACGUUUACAAAGGAACCAAUGGUGUGAUUUUUGUUUUUGAUAUUACAAAAACAUGGACCUGGGAAUAUGUUCAAAAAGAGAUUGUGAAAGUUCCCAAUAAGAUUCCUGUACUUGUCCUCGCCAAUCGACGAGAUAUGGGACAUCAUCGACAGGUCACUGAUUUGCAAUGCUCAACAUUUGUGGAACUUUUCAAUAGUAGUCAUCCUUCACCGGAUGGAUCUCCACGAGCUCGAUUUGCUCCAGCCUCCAUGAGAUACGCAUUUGGGCUAAAAUUUGUCCAUCAUUUUUUCAACAUCCCUUUCCUUUGUCUUCAGCGUGAAUCACUCUUACGUCAAAUCGAGACCAAUAAAUCAGAAAUCGUGUCUAGCUAUCAUGAGCUAGACUGCUAUCAAGAGACACCAGAAGCUGACUAUGACACUUUUAUCGAAAUGGUGAAUCAGAAGCGAAGAGAGUACGCGGAUAAAAAUAGCGUGUCUGCAAGACAAGGUGCGGUUCAGACGUCAGGAAGAGUCAUGGGUGGAGGGCAGCCAAUUCCAGGGCAACGAUUAACACCACCGGCGAUCCCGAGAACAUCGUUAGAACACUCAGGAGGAGCUAGUAACACCAAUUCUGCUUCUGACCCAACUCUCAAAAAUUCGUUCGAAUUUAUCGGAGACGAAGACGGUAUCAACAGUUUCCUUGGUGAAAAACAAGAACCGAAGCAAAACGGAGCCGUCAGACCCAAGCAUAACGAAAGCGAUAGCGAGACCGAGAACAAUAUGGUUUAUAAGUUUGAAGAAGAUUUCUCCGUUGAUGACGAUUUAUUGGCAAAGAUGGCAAAGAUUGGAGAACAGCGACAAGUCCAGUUGAAUUUGAAAAAGUUGACAGUCCCCGAGACGACCGAGAGAGAAACUGAAACCCCCAUCGCGUAUCACGUGAAGGUACACGAAGACGAUGUGGAUUCACCGGUCAAAGAACCGCCAGCGAUUGAAGAAUCUGAGGUGCUUGGAGAACAAUCAGACAUCAAAGAACAGAAUUUUCAGAGUUGUUAUGAAAGUCCCAUGCGAGAAACACCUCCAGAUUUUGUGACAUCUCCAGUGACAGUGGCGAUGACAUCAGAUGAUUUGGAUGCGUGGUUAGGAUCAGAAGAUCAUUCUCCAAAGUCGACUUCUAUGAACUUUGAAAAACACAAUAGCAGCGACGAAGAGUUCGGUGUGGAACUUCCCCAACCUCCACCAAAGAAGACGGUAGAUAUAUUCUCGCCGCCGGUAGUGGAGGAAAAAGCUCCGAAGCGGACUGAAACGCCUUCCUUUAUAGAUGACCUUCCCGAGGAUGAGCCAGAGCCAGAGAAAAUUGAAAAGGUAUCGAAGAAGAAGAAAGUGAAGAAAACCACCAAAAAGGCUAAAGCUGAAGAUGAAGAAGAGCAAGAGGAGAAAUUGACCAAGAAGACCAAGAAAGUUUCGAAGAAGAAGGCCGUUGAGAAGACAUCACAAUCCCUUCUAGAAGAUUUUCUGGGUCCUGCGGAUGACACGGUGGCUAGUGGUGAUUAUGAUCCUCUGUAA